AUAAUAAUAUUGACCUAGGCACCGAAUGUAACACUGUAGUGAGUCUGCACCGGUAUACUUGAGUCUUCCUAGACGGUGUCUUUGACUAAUAGUAAUAGCAAAUAGUUUCCGGAGGAGAACCGUUGACAAGUGACAUCAACAUCAACUGGCAUAAUUGUUUACAGGUUACUGGUAUUAAAAUGACCGAGGAUUAAAGAUCGUUUAAUGGCUUCGAUAUUGUCCCGACGGCAGCUGAUAGCUGGCUUAGUAGCGGUAGUGACAUUUACAGUUCUCAUUCUGUCCACCAACACGAACCUAAAUCUUCAAGGAACAGCGCCACUGCAGAAUGCACGUAGAUUACACCCAUCGAAUAUACACAAAGUAGCCGCAAUACCCACGGAACCGAUCGAUUUUAGCUCCAGUUCUUAUGAGGCAGAUUUCUUACAACAACCAGACGACGCCUUCUCCAUGCCUCCUGCGUUCGCAGCUAAUAAUGUUAAUGCAACUUGGGGUAAACAAGGUAUAUUUUUGGGGGAAAAACUGACAUCAACUGAUGUAAAAGAGAAAGGCUCAUCUCCUGUUCAAUAUUAUGAUCAUAACAAAUAUCGACCUUAUUCUCCAGGAAAGGCGCAAAUCCUUCACUACAUUGACCGUCAGUUUCCCACUAAACUUAAAAAGGAAGUUACUACACAGAUUGCACAGUUUAAUCAACAUAAUAACGUUAAAUUUUUGUCACUACCAAAUGGAAGAAUGUGGUACGUUUUUACCAACAUAAUGAAGAGUCUAGGUUACGAGCAGAGACUACCCCUGGUGAUCUUGAUUGGCGUAAAGAAAAGUGGCACAACAGCUCUGGGAUAUUUUUUAGGCAAGCAUCCACAAAUUUCACAUUCAUUUGGUAACGAGAUACAUUUCUUUGAUAAACCGGAUAAAAUGAAGAAGGGGAUCGAUUAUUACCGUUCCAAAAUGGGAUUUUCAAAUGUAGACCAACUACCUUUUGAAAAGACACCUAAAUAUUUUAUUACCAAAGACGCUCCAAAGGCGAUUUUGAAAAAUCUUCCGAAAGAUAUAAAAUUCAUAUUGUGCGUACGAGAUCCUGUGGAGCGCGCAAUAUCCGAAUAUCAUCACGAUACUGAAUAUGUAUUAAGAAGAAAACAGAAGUCAGAGUUAUUAAAAGCAAAACAGAGAUCACCUGAAGAACAAGGAAAACUAUUUACUGAGAAGUUUAUCAGCCCACAAGGUUAUGUAUACCAGAAUCGGACAACAACGGACACAAGUAUUUAUUCCAAACAUUUAAAAAACUGGCUCAAGAAAUUCCCUCUUGACCGUUUCUUGAUAGUUGAUUUAGGAAGUCUUCAAAGAAAUGCAUAUGUCGAGUUGAAACGCAUUCAGGACUUUCUUGGGCUUGUUCCAUUCUUUACCCCUAGUAUGAUUUACCGCUCGGAAAAACGUGGAACCUGCUUGAAGAUAAACCGUUCGUUAAAUUGCCCUGGAAGAAGCACACCAGGUUUUACACAGAAAGCAAAGCUUGGCAAAAAGGAAUUAACAAUUAUGUACGAUUUUUAUCGACCUUACAAUCAAGAAUUUGCUAGAUUAACAGGAAAACAGUUCAAUUGGAUGCAACUUUAAGAUGGGCAGUAAUAGGCCUAUUUUCAAAAAACUGAAUAUAUUUUGUACUACACUUUAAACAUUAUUAUUUUAAUUGAGCGGAUUAUGUUCAUCUCUCACGUUGAAGUUGAAAAUGAAGUUCACGCCGCCACGCUCACCUCAGACCCACCAUGGUUGGUGUAAAUAAGUGGUAAAUAAUCGAGCUCUCCCUUCACCCACUCCUGGAUCGCCAUUGAACUCAUGGGUCCACUCCUUCUGUUUUCCUCUUUUCUCUCAUUAACUGAAAUUUUUCUCCUUCUUUUUUAUUUUUCGGCUUGACUGACUGGGGGGGGGAGGGGGUGUGCACGGGCACUCAUGCGCCCCCCCCCCCGCUGGAUCCACCACCGAAAAUAAUGCAUAUUUCUAAAAAUGGUCAUUCUUCAUAAAAAAAUAUUUUCAGGUACUCUAAUUUAUUAUUGGGCUUAAUUCACAGAGUGAAGAAAGGUGGGGAUCAGACCACCUAAAAAUGAAAAUGGAUAGACCUAUAUCUAAGGUCAUGUGUAAUAAAUGUGUAAUAUUUUACAGUAUAUCAUCAUAACGUGAUUAAUAAUUAGGAAUACUCCACAUGGAGAGCAGAGGAGUUUGUACGUUGUGUAUAAUUGAAUCUAUAUCGAUUGACUAAGGAAAAAAGUGCCUUGAGCUGUUUUUCGAAAAUGUAUGCGCUAUGUGUGUUAUAUAAAUCAAAUUCUGUAAAAAAUGAAAAAAUAAAAUUUUUAAGAGAUAGUGAACCAUGAACAUGGCUGGUAGGAGAUUGAUGUACAUGAAAUAUACGUAACCCGUCUUGGAUAUUUGAAUAAAAUGCUUCCAUUCGA